AGCGUCGUGACACGUGGCGCCGUCGAGGGGCGACGCCUCAAAGUCUCUCGACGGCCGUCGAACCGUAAUCUCAUCGACGAGUUCUGGAGCCUUGCUACGUCGUGUUACGGACAUCGAGAAAAAGAGAGAGAGAGAGAGAGAGAGAGAGAGAGAGAGAGAGAGAGAGAGAGAGAGAAAGAGAGUAAGAGAGAAAUAGAGUAAGAGAACGAAAUAGAAAGGUAGACGAGUGCUUCCAGUGUCUGCUUUGUGAAAAUUGUCUCAAAGUCGUUUACGCGUACGAUACUCCGACACGGGUGCCGCUGCUCCCUCAUUUGCGCGUACCUCCACCUCCGUCUCCUUUUAUUCCUCAUUCUUCUUUUUCUCCUUUUCUCGUUCUUCUCUUCUCCCAUUCCUCGUUCUCCAAUUUUCAUCGUUAGUGCUAGUGCCGUUGCUUUUGUCGCAAGUCGAAGGAAACAAGCGCGUUCGAUCUCUGUAUUGUACGUGCCGUCAUGGAAACGUCAUCGUAGUAUAGUCAUCAUCGUCGUCUCCUACUCGGUGAUCCUCAUCGUGGAAGGCAUUUACGAGAAAAGAAGAGUACAUAAAGCCGGUGCGAACCGACAUUUGCUUCCUUCGAUGGGAUCCUCGUGUUACGGGACAUCGCCGCCGACGCCUGAUAUCGAUCGUUCCUCUCUCCCUCCUCCUCCUCUUCCUCCUCUUCUUCCUCUUCCUCUUCUUCAUCCUCCAACGAUCCUCCUCCUCCCUGCUCGCUCACCUUUCUCGCCUCCCGUUUUUCGAGUCUAGCACGCUAGACAACGGAGUCCUGUUCCCUCGUAGCUUUUCGCAUUUAACCAUCGCUCGUGAGUCUGGAUAUCUUCUCGGACACAUCAUUCCCUUGUGGGUGAUCGUUGCGUGAAAGACGACACGCUCGCGACGACGACGACGACGACGACGACGACGACGACGACGGCGGCGGCGGUGAUGCACAUGAUCCUCCUUCGGGACGUAUUUUCUUGUAUGAAAUCGAAAGGAGUCGUUUAUCGCACCGUCUUUCGUUCCUAGAAACGCGUUCGCGCCAACCUUUUACUUUCUUGCGCAACGAUGUUAGCAUUGAUACGCGCAUCGACCGAUUCAUCGUUCUUUUAUGAUUUCGAUCGCGUUUAAGUCGAUCGCUCGCUGGAACGAGAAAACCUUAUUUUCGAUUCUUUGACGGUAGUAUCCUUGCGGUUGUUGUCGUUGUUGCUGUUGUUGUUAUUGUUGUUGUUAUUGUUGUUGUUGCUGCUGUUGUUUAAUAAACGAGCUAUGCGAUCGACUUUAAAAAAAAGCGUAGGGACGAUUGACGCCAAAUGUUUCUCCAUCGAGUCGCUUUCCCGCAUAAGUUUUUCAAAUUGGCCUCGGUGUGGUGGUGGAACGCGUGUAGAAAAGGCUAGAUACGUGUCACGUGAGAAGGAGAUAGAGAAACGCAAGUGGCGCUGUAGAUAGGUAGACGUCUCGAAUCGCGGGAUCUUUAAAUUUUUGCGCUUUCUCGGGAAGGGUCGUCGAAAGGAAUGAAACGCGUUAGAGCAAAGUCGUCAAAUGGCAGUAUCAUUAUCGGAGGAACAAAAUAAUCGUGCAAAAGGAAAUAUUUCGUAAAGGUCGUCGUCGGCCGUCAAACGUCCAUCUCGGAGCCUCGUCGAAAAAAAAAGCAUAUUUCUCAGAUCUCCGGUUUCUUACUCAAAGGGAUAUCGCGCGACGAUGGAAAAGAGACAUUAGCGCCUAAUAAAUCGGUCGGAUCGCUCGGAAACCGACCAAAGGAUAUGUAAGAGGGAAGGGGACCUCUCAGAGCGGAUCAGCGUGCGCUUAAAAAUGCGCGUCUCUCGUCGCGUUCGCGGUUGUAAGACGAGUUGGGAAAGGAACGAAGAGAAAGUGGUUCGUGAUACCUAGCGCGACGCAGGGCGCGGGACGUCCUUGGAGAGAUUCAUGCCUCGCGGAAGCUGCGAUGAUACGGACGGACGAAGAGGAGGGUCCAAAACGGGAGAAGAAGAAUGUAAAAGGCGAGCCGGACAUCGUCUCCUCGGCACCUCCUACGUGCCACGAAGACGAAGAGGUUGGCCAUAGAGAGGGUUUAUAGCUUGCGUAGGAUAGACGAUGAGCGUCGAGGUCGACACGCUGGAACUCGAAGUCUUCGAGGUAAAAGAGUGUGACGAGACCGAUGUUACGGAAGGGAAAAGAACAACGACCACGACGACGACGACGACGACGACGACGACGACGACGACGAAGGCGACGACGAAGGCGAAGGCGACGGCGACGGCGACGGCAACGGCGACGACGAAAACGACGGCGGUGGCAGCGGCAACGGUAACUGUAACGGCAACGACGACGACGGUGACUGUAACGACAGCGACAACAACAGCGGCGGCGGCGGCGGCGGCGGCGGCGGCGGCGACGACGACGACGGUGACGGUGACGGUGACAACAACGACGAAGACGACGACGACGACGACGACGACGGCAGCGGCAGCAGCAGCGGCGACGGUAGCGGCGGCAAAAGGAGGAGCCAUGUGCGCUGUGGACACUUGCAUUCAAGAUGGAAACGAAAGCCGUAAGAAGAAGCGAAAGCGGCGAAAAAUGCGCAACAAGCCACAGCUGCAAGAGCAACAAGACCUAUCGAUUCACGCCGUAUUGAAUCUUCCAUCGUCGUCCGAAGAGGUCGUCGAGGCGGUCGACGAAUGCUCCAAAAGAGAUUCGUCGAGCAGCCUUGGUGGUACCAGCAGGCACAAUACCCUCAGGGAAUCCUUGCUUACGGUACUGGGCAAGCUGGUCAUAUGGAAGGGCAGCAGGUAUCGUUCCACAACGGCUGCUUCGUCCUCUUCCAGCGUGCCUCCGAAUUCGCCACCUGCCACAGAAUGUAUCGGUCGUAGUACAUCUUUUUUUUCUAGCGAAACAGAGAGGCGUAUCCGCGCCAAUAAUCGCGAAUACAACUCACAGUUUAAUUAUGCGAACAACUACAUAAAGACGUCCAAGUAUUCGGUUCUGACGUUCCUACCAUUGAAUUUGUUCGAGCAAUUUCAGCGGCUCGCCAACUUUUACUUCCUAUGCCUGCUGGUGCUUCAAAUGAUACCCGCCAUAUCUUCUUUGACCCCCAUUACGACGGCUAUACCGCUCAUAGGGGUACUUAUGCUCACUGCCGUUAAGGAUGCCUACGACGACUUUCAACGGCAUAGCAGCGAUUCACAAGUUAAUAAUAGAAAGUCGCACACGUUGCGUGGUACUAGCUUACGCGAAGAGAAAUGGUCUCAGGUUCAAGUUGGAGACGUUAUAAGAAUGGAGAACGAUCAUUUUGUCGCGGCGGACGUUCUUCUUCUAUCAACGAGCGAACCCAAUGGUCUCUGUUACAUCGAAACGGCAGAAUUGGAUGGGGAGACAAAUUUAAAAUGCCGGCAAUGCCUGACCGAGACCGCCGAAAUGAUGGACAACCACGAAUUGGUUGGUCAAUUCGACGGUGAAAUCGUUUGCGAAACGCCUAACAAUUUGUUGAAUAAGUUUGAUGGCACGUUAACGUGGAGGGGACGCAAAUACGCGUUGGAUAACGACAAAAUCAUAUUACGAGGUUGUGUACUGAGAAAUACACAAUGGUGCUACGGCGUGGUCAUCUUUGCAGGCAAGGAUACCAAAUUAAUGCAAAACUCAGGGAAGACCAAAUUUAAGAGGACCUCUAUAGAUAGGCUGCUGAAUCUUCUGAUUAUCGGGAUAGUGUUUUUCUUGCUUUCUAUGUGUUUGUUUUGCAUGAUCGGUUGUGGUAUUUGGGAGAGCCUCGUGGGUCGAUAUUUUCAAGUGUAUUUACCCUGGGACUCGUUAGUGCCUAGCGAACCUUUAGGAGGUGCCACGGUGAUCGCUCUCCUCGUAUUCUUUUCGUAUGCUAUUGUAUUGAACACAGUGGUGCCAAUCAGUUUAUAUGUGAGUGUCGAAGUGAUCAGAUUCGUGCAAUCGUUUCUGAUCAAUUGGGACGAAGAGAUGUACUACGCGCCUACGAAUACGCAUGCCAAGGCUAGGACUACUACGUUAAACGAAGAAUUGGGUCAGAUAGAAUACAUCUUUUCUGACAAAACUGGAACAUUAACGCAAAAUAUAAUGACCUUUAAUAAGUGUUCUGUGGCUGGUAAAUGUUACGGUGACAGCGUAGACGAGGUUACUGGAGAAAUCAUCGAUUUGAGCGAGACGGACAAAGCUGCACAAACUCCAACAAUGCGAUGGAAGAGCGGACAGGAAUUUGUUCGUCAAGUUUAUACUCCGCUUAGCGGUCCGAACGUACGUCUUCUGGAGCAAGCUGACAGAAUGUCCAGUACAACACCAGAACCAGGAAUCAGUGCCAGCCCAAAGCUUCAACACAAACCUUCAAUGAUGCCACCCCUGGAUUUUUCAUUUAACAAGGAUUACGAGCCCGAAUUUAAAUUCUACGAUCCUGCGCUUUUGGAAGCAGUCAAGCAAGGCAACGAAGACGUUCACAGUUUCUUUCGCUUAUUAGCGCUAUGUCACACCGUUAUGCCAGAAGAGAAGCACGGAAAACUCGAGUAUCAAGCACAGUCACCGGACGAGGCGGCGCUCGUUUCAGCAGCUAGAAAUUUUGGUUUUGUUUUCAAAGAAAGAUCUCCCAAUAGCAUAACGAUCGAAGUAAUGGGAAAGCGCGAAGUAUAUGAGCUACUCUGCAUUCUAGACUUCAAUAAUGUCAGAAAAAGAAUGUCCGUAAUAUUGAGAAAGGAUGGCCAUCUCAGGCUGUAUUGUAAAGGAGCAGACAAUGUCAUUUACGAACGUUUGAAGAAAGACAGCGAUGAAAUUAUGUCAAAGACUUUGGAUCACCUCAAUAAAUUUGCGGGUGAAGGUUUGAGAACAUUGUGCCUUUCAGUGAGAGAUUUAGAUGAAAGCUUCUUUAAUAAUUGGAAACAACGUCAUCAAGAAGCCGCACUGAGUCAUGAGAAUAGAGACGACAAAUUGGACGCUAUAUACGAAGAGAUAGAAAAAGAUAUGACGUUAUUAGGUGCUACUGCCAUUGAGGAUAAAUUGCAAGAUGGUGUACCCCAAACCAUCGCGAAUUUAGGACUCGCUGGCAUAAAAUUGUGGGUAUUAACAGGUGAUAAACAAGAAACGGCCAUCAACAUCGGUUAUUCGUGUCAACUGUUAACGGACGAUCUUACCGACGUCUUUGUAGUAGAUGCUACUACUUACGAUGGGGUUGAAACUCAAUUGACACGAUAUUUGGAAACUAUCAAGACAGCCUCCAGCCACCAAAAUCGGCCAACUCUCUCCAUUGUCACAUUCAGGUGGGACAAGGAAAGCAGUGAUACGGAAUAUAAUCCGAGUAGAGACGAGCAGGACGAACAUGAGAUGGAGCAAGCUAUGGGUUUUGCAGUGGUUAUCAAUGGACAUUCCUUAGUGCACGCGUUGCAUCCACAACUUGAUCAACUUUUUCUAGAAGUAUCGAGCCAAUGUAAAUCUGUGAUAUGUUGUCGCGUAACACCUUUACAAAAAGCAAUGGUCGUUGAAUUGAUAAAGAAGAAUAAAAAUGCGGUUACUCUGGCAAUCGGAGAUGGAGCUAAUGACGUUUCAAUGAUAAAGACGGCUCAUAUUGGCGUUGGUAUCAGUGGACAGGAAGGACUGCAAGCUGUACUAGCUUCUGAUUAUUCGAUAGGGCAAUUUAGAUUCUUAGAAAGAUUAUUGCUUGUCCAUGGCAGGUGGUCGUAUUAUAGAAUGAGCAAGUUCCUUAGAUACUUCUUUUAUAAAAAUUUUGCAUUCACUCUCUGCCAUAUCUGGUUCGCCUUCUUCUGUGGAUUCAGUGCACAGACAGUGUUUGAUCCAAUGUACAUUUCUGUCUAUAAUCUAUUUUAUACGUCACUGCCAGUCUUGGCGGUUGGCAUAUUUGAUCAAGAUGUUAAUGAUAAAAAUAGCCUAAUGUAUCCAAAGUUAUAUGCACCUGGACUUCAAAAUCUUCUCUUCAAUAAAAAAGAAUUUUGUUGGAGUGCUCUACACGGUUUUUUUGCUAGUUGCGUGUUAUUCUUAGUACCCUAUGGAACAUACAAGGAUGGAGUAUCACCAAAGGGCUAUGUACUUUCAGACCAUAUGCUGCUGGGCAGUGUUGUAGCUACAAUAUUAGUUAUAGUUGUAACAGUUCAAAUCGCUCUUGACACAUCAUAUUGGACGAUUGUUAAUCAUAUUAUGGUGUGGGGCUCGUUGAUAUGGUAUUUUAUUUUAGAUUACUUUUAUAACUUUGUCAUAGGAGGUAGUUACGCCGGCAGCCUUACAAUGGCUAUGUCAGAAGCAACAUUUUGGUUCACAACAGUUAUAACAUGUAUAAUACUAGUGAUACCGGUUCUUUCAUGGAGAUUCUUCUUUAUGGAUGUGCGCCCAACACUCUCUGAUAGAGUAAGAUUGAAACAAAGAUUAGCGCAAUUGCGUUCUCGUCAGAGUCAGGACAUUUUGCGUACUCCAUCCACGAGACGCACGCGACGAUCUCUGCGUUCGGGUUACGCAUUUGCUCAUCAAGAAGGUUUUGGACGACUUAUUACAUCUGGAAAAAUCAUGCGCAAAUUACCCAAUGGUGCAGAUUUUAAGUUCGCUAUGCCAUUUACUAAUAACGUUACUAAACAAGUUAAUGUUGCUACUACGUCGCCAAAGGAGAACGCAUCUCGGAAUUCGCACACACUGGAUGCUAUCACUCUGUGAAUCUUUACGUUAAUCACAGUGUUGCACAGUAAGUAUGAUUUUUUCGUUCACGUACCGUAGUGACAUUAAAACAUUGUCACUCAGUUUGCCUUAUUGAAAGUUGCUCUAAAUAAUUUUGUCUAUUUAUAUUUUGGUGAUAAGAGUAUAAUAAUUUUUUAAGGAUAAAGAACAAAAUAGAUAAUAACUAUGAAAACUGAAACAAUAAAAGAACGCGUCUAUUGUUGUUGUUAUUAUUAUUCUUAUUAUUAUUAUUAUUAUAAUUAUAAUAAUAAUUAUUAUUAUUACUAUUAUUAUUAUUAUUAUUAUUAUUAUUAUUAUUAUUAUUAUUAUUAUUAUUAUUAUUAUUAUUAUUAUUAUUAUUAUUAUUAUUAUUAUUAUUAUUAUUAUUAUUAUUAUUAUUAUUAUUAUUAUUAUUAUUAUUAUUAUUAUUAUUAUUAUUAUUAUUAUUAUUAUUAUUAUUAUUAUUAUUAUUAUUAUUAUUAUUAUUAUUAUUAUUAUCUAGAAAUCGAAAACAAUCGCGUGAUCACUUUUUUUUAUUUCUUUCUUCUUUUAUUUUCUUAUUUUUUCUUCGCUCACAAUCAAUUAUUAUUAUAUAAGAUCAAUUUUAUAAAGUUUUUUAUAACACCAGUAUUUUGCAUUUCAGUGAGGCACACUGUAUCAUAAUAGUCUUAAUAUAUAUUUUCUACCUCCUUACUGCAAUUGAUUAUAUUUAUGGUUUGCAAAAAUAAUUCUAUACGUCAAUUAAGAUCGCGUAAAAUAUAAUAUUUUGUUCUUUCAUAUAAUUUACAUAAUAUAAUUAAUUGUAACUCUAAAAGUAUUAAAUUAUUGAUUUGAGUUAUUAUAUAAAAUAAUUUUAAUUUCUUAUAACAUACACGAAAUAAUUGUAUUAGAAUGAGAAAUUAUCGCUUCGCAACUAUGGAAGAUAAAGAAUUUCAAAAAUUAUUUGAUAUUUAAUUAACGAUAAAUAAUUCAUAACUUUUCGAAAAUUUACUUUCUUUGAAGAUGUUACACUACGCAGAUAACUAGUAAUCAUUUUUAUAUACCAUAUGCAAUUGUACAGCUUACAUAGUAAUAAGCAUUCUAAUCGUUAUAAAAAAAAUUCAUUUUACUGUGAUACAUGUACAUCAUAUGAACAGUUUAAAAUAUUGAUCUUAUAUUGAUUAUCUGCUCUUUAAAUAUGCAAAAUUAUAAAUUAUAAUUAUAAAUUUAAUGAAGAACAAAUUAGUUUGUCAUUAACUUCGUUAUUAUUAUUACUAUUAUUAUUAGUAUUAAAUCAACAUUUUCGGAUGCAUUAUCUUGCUUCUUUUUUAUUUAUAUAAAACACUUAUUUUUGAUGAUGCAAUAUUCUAAAUGUCUUCUCUCUGGUAAGUUUGAAAUCGAAUCAAGAAUACUAUUGUUGUAAAUUUCUAUUUACAUAAUUAAAAACGUCAUCCUUAAAAUAUAUGUUAUUUGUUCUUAUUACUUCUAGUGUAUGUACAUCUAGAAACAUGGGAAAUAUCUUCUGCUAUCUUAUUUGUAUUAUAUGCUAUUUCUAUAAAACAGAAUCAAUGUAAAGAAUAUAUUUACUCGAUACAUUAUUACUUGUACAAGCAUAUAAUAGAUAUUCGUAGAUAUUCAUAAUUGCCUUUGUAAAACAUUAAUACAAACCACUAUUAAAAUAAUACUGUAUCAUAGAAUUCACUGUAAAUAUUUCAAAGAGAUACAUACAUGUAUACACGCACGCGUGCGCGCGCGCGCUCAUACACAUACACCCACACCACACAUUAUAUUAUGUUGUAUUACACUACAUUAUAUUAUAUUAUAUUAUAUUAUAUUAUAUUAUAUUAUAUUAUAUUAUAUUACAUUACAUUACAUUAUAUUACAUUAUAUUAUAUUAUAUUAUAUUAUAUUAUAUUACAUAUAUACAAUUACAUUACAUUACAUAAUAUUACAUUGCAUAAAAAUUAAAUUACAUUAUAUUAUAUUACACUAUAUACUAUAUUAUAUAUUAUAUUAUAUUAUAUUAUAUUAUAUUAUAUUAUACUAUAUUAUAUUAUAUUAUAUUAUAACAAACUAAUAUUAUAAUAUAUAAAAUAUUAAGUAUACGUUUUUUAAAAGAAAGUAAUAUAUAGUUAGAAUAAUCUGAAGAAAGCACGAACAUAAUAUAGCUAUAUUAUAUACUGUGAACAAACGUUUGCCUUGGACUGACUACUAAACAAACACAUAUACACAAACACGUAUGUACCUAUCGUGUAUACCUGCGCGUAUGUAUAUAUAGUAUGUACAUAUGCGUAUACGUAAAGUAAAAGGCAGUAGUAACGUUAAAAAAUAUGUAUUUCUACUUUUAAUAUUACUGUGAAACAUAGAAACACAGAUAGCUGAUAUAUGAAAAGUGUGUUCCACAAUCAAAUCAUUAUGUAAACAGAGGACAUAAACUCACUGCUUUUAUGCUACUUACAAUGUGUCUCAUAUUUGAAUCACGGUUUAAUUGAGAUCUUUGUAUAUAUCAUACCAGUCCCAUUUAUCUAUUAGUCGAUAUAAAUUCUUUAUUGCUACUUAUCAGUUUCUUGUAAGUUCAAUAAGUAUCUCAAAAAUAAAAUUGUACAAGACCCUCUUUUAUAUAUCCGAAUACGUGUAGAUUAAAAUUCGAAGUACAAGGAACAACAAACUAAAGAGACUGCUGAAUUUUUAUUGCGAUCUUCUCAAUCUAUAGAAUAUAUAUGAAAUACAAAUAAAACGAACAAAGAAAGAAGUGGAUCGUUUAUAAUAGUUUCAUAUAUUGACAUGUCUAUUUAUGUUAGAAAAAUAUUAGAAUAAUAUUAUGAUUAGUUAUAAUCAAUAUGGAAAACUAAUGUUAUUAGUUUCUUGAGUCUGCUUUAUGUAUAUGUUUCUAAAAUGAAAUUUGUUUAAGUGAAAUGAGGCUGAUGCUAAUGAUCAUUGAAUUGAAUCUAAUAUUAGCGAUUCGAUUUACUGAUAUAUAAUUUAAUCGUUUGUGAAACAAAAUGGCAAGAUUGUUAAACUUUCUUCAAUGAUGAAUAGUCGUAAAAAAAAAAGCCAAUCACUUUGAAUAUGAUCUUUUGUUCGAGAUACCUAUCUUGUUACAAGACUAGUACACUUAUUUUCUUCGCUAAUGUAUUACAAUCAAAAAAUUUUCAUUAUACCCUUUGCAUAUUAAUUAAAAGUAAGACGGUAAUGCACACGGAUAAGAUUUAUAUUUAUUUUAACUACACGCAUGAUAAAAUAAAAAUAAAGUAUCAUGCAUAAUUUUUAUUAAUAAGCUUAUUAUUAAAUAUUAAUAAGCACUAUUUUCGAAAGAUAACAGACUUAUUUUUACUCUAAUAGUUACCAUAUCUCAGCUACCAGUGUGACUAUUUGAACAUAAGCAACAUUCAACUUACGUUUCGUAGCUGUUUUAAUGAAUUCAGUAAAUUCAUAUAUUAUUGUUUCAUCGUAAGAUUUAUUAAUUCUUACCUAUCAUGAAUACCAUUUCAUACAUUGGGACCAUGAAAAGAUAUGUGUAAUAAUAUGAGUUGAUAACAUUGUGUAGCAUCUUUCUAAUAUAAUUAGCAUAAGUAUAAUUGAAACAGUGUUUGCAUAAAGUGCAUUUUAAUAUCCCCCCAUUAUAUUCAGAAGCAAUGGUGUACAGAAAGCAGUUAGAUUACAAAUAAUAUAAUUAUCGAACGAGCAGAACAGACUUGCCUUAAACUUCUGUGUAUCAGAAAUAAUUGUAUUAACAUUAUUUUAGUAGCACAAAAAUUCGUCGUACAAGAAACAUUCGUUGUUUCAAUUUAAGUUACAUAAUCUUUUGUAUGAAAUUUGAAUUAAUGGCGUAAGAAGUCAGCUUGGUUGAAAAGUUCAAUGAUAGAAAUAUACAGCCUAUUCAACUUAAUCAAGUUUCUUUAUAAACAUAAUUUUAUAUAUAUAAGUAUUAAUAAUGCGGGGAGUAUAUAUAUAUUUUGAUUCGUGAGAUACAAAGGAAGUAGAAUAUUUAAUUGUUGUAUAUUGGCUUAUUCAUAAAAAAGAAAAAAGUUAUAACAUAAAAA